UUACCGCAUAAAGACUUCUUCAGUUCUAAUACAAAUGUUCAUUAGUUGAGUUGAUUUGUCGUUUUCAACUUUUUUGCCAAAAACAAAAUCAAAAACAAAAAUGAGUGUGUUCCUCGCUAUGCUAAUCCUCAGCAUUACACUGCUGGUAGUUUUCCUCAAGUUUCGUCAUGGCUACUGGCGUCGUCGUCAUAUACCGCAUAAUGAGCCAACCUUUCCAAUGGGUGAUUUCCAAGAAUGGCGCAAAACAAAAUCGUUUAUGGAAAUUUUUGUGCCAAUCUAUCGGAAAUUCAAGGGCACUGCUCCCUUUGCCGGCUUCUUCAUAGUAUUCAGGCCAGUCGCUCUUAUAUUGGAUAUUGAAUUGGUGAAAAAUAUACUCAUCAAAGACUUUAAUAACUUUCGCGAUCGCGGACUCUUUUACAAUGAGAAGAAUGAUCCGCUGACGGGCCAUCUUUUCGCCUUGGACGGCGCAAAAUGGGGCAAUUUGCGUCAAAAACUCUCACCGACUUUCACCUCUGGUAAGAUGAAAUAUAUGUAUCCCACCAUCAUCAAAGUGGCAGAAGAAUUUCUCAAGGUUGUGGAAGAAAAGCAAGCAACAGCUACUGAUGGCGUAGUAGAAAUGUAUGAUUUGCUGUCACGUUUCACUGCCGACGUGAUUGGCACAUGUGCUUUUGGCAUCGAGUGCAAUAGUCUGCGCAAUCCGAAAGCCGAUUUCGUGGUAAUGGGUCAAAGGGCGAUCGUCGAAAAUCGGCACGUAAAAUUCAUAGACACCUUAAUAGACGCUGCCCCCAAGCUGGCACGUGCGCUAGGCAUGCGUAAGUUGCCACAGGAAGUGCAUGACUUCUAUAUGGGCAUAGUGCAUGAUACCGUCGCAUACAGAGAAAAAAAUCAAGUGGCACGUAAUGACUUAAUGCAACUUCUAAUGGAACUGAAAAGUAAAGGCCCAAAGGAUGGUGGACUAACAAUGAACGAGAUUGCCGCACAAGCUUUUAUUUUCCUCUUCGCGGGCUAUGAGACCAGCUCGUCUACUAUGGGUUUCGCACUCUAUGAAUUGGCCAAGCAGCCAGACAUACAGGACAGAUUGCGCACAGAGAUCAAUGAGGUGCUUGAGCGGCACAACAACGCCUUCACCUAUGAAGCAAUGCAGGAUAUGCACUAUCUGGAUCAGGUAUUCUCGGAGACUUUGCGGAAGUAUCCAAUAUUGCCACAUCUGACACGCCAGGCUCAAGCCGAUUAUAAAACUAACGAUCCACGCUACACAAUCGAAAAGGGCACAAUGGUCCUCAUACCUGUUUACGCUAUACACUAUGAUCCUGAGUACUAUCCCGAUCCAGAGAAAUUCGAUCCUGAACGUUUUUCUGAUGCGGAAAUAAAGAAACGUCCAGCCUGUACCUGGCUGCCGUUCGGCGAUGGACCACGAAAUUGCAUUGGUUUACGUUUUGGCAAAAUGCAGGGAUUCAUUGGGCUCACCUAUUUACUGAAGAACUUCAAGUUUACAGUUUGUAAAGAAACUGACGAAAAGUUGCACUAUAUGAAGGAGAAAAUUCUUCUGCACUCAUUGAAUGGCGUAAAAUUACGUGUCGAUCGUUUAAACCAACGGCCUAUGAUGCUUAUUUAAAAAUAUUUUGCUACAUAUUUUUAUUGAGACAAUAAAUUACUAAUUUGUAAGGUCA